AUGUUGCAGGAAGAGUUUAUAGAGGAUCUUGAUCUGCAACAAGAACAAGUAAAUUAUCAACAACCACAAACAAGCGCUGAUUCUACAUCGGAUUCGGACAAUAAAUCACCUUUAACUUAUCAUUCAAACAAGAUAGCAGUUUCUCAAGAAGAACCACCAACUCAAUUCAAAAGUAGAAAUCCAUUCAGAACAGGAACAGACCUUUCAAUUUCACAAUCUCAAUUACAAUCACAAUCUACAUCAGAAAAUGAAUCAAAACCUCCAUCAAAUUCACCACCUCAAUAUAAUGAAUCUCAAUUAAAGACUCAUGAAUUAAAUCUACUAAAAACUAAUAUACCGCAUAAUGAAAUAAUCAAAUACCCAUUCAAAACAUUAAAUAGAAUAUUAGAUGAUAUAAAAUGGUCAGUACCGAUAUUGAAGAAUCUAAAUUAUAGUCUUUUAAAUAAUAAACCUAUUGAUUAUUCAAAUAAAUUACAAAAUUUUGUUAAUAAUUCACAUCAUAAUGAACAAAUAUGGAUAUUAAAUGAAAAAAUAGAUUUUUGUCCAUCAACGGAAAUUAUUCAGCUCCAAGAAACCAAUCAAGUAGUGACUAUAAUUCGAGGUGUAAUAGCAAGCAAGUCAAGACCAGACCAAAUACAUCAUUUUAAGUUAAUCAUACUAGAAAAUGCAUCAAAUCCAUUUGUUAUUGAUUUUGAUAAAAAUCUGUAUCAUCUUAUACCUAAGUCAUUGAUAACAAGACAUGAUUUGGAUUUGUUAUUAGAAAACUAUGAUGAACGAAAUCAGAUUAUAGAUGAUUCAUAUUAUAAAUGUGCCACUUCACCGAACAAUCAAAUUUUAAGAAUUUCAAUUUUCAAACCUGAAUUUAAUCAAAAAGAAGAUUUCGAACCUUUAAUUGAUGAAAAACUAAUAAAAGAAAGAUUUUUAUCGCUUAUCGAACGUCAUCCUGAUUUAUCAAAAGAUGUAAUUCCAACUCCAGUUAAUUGUAUAAAUACUUUAAUCAAAGUUUUAAAAGGUCCAUUGACAUAUAAUGGCCCAGAACAGAGGACAAUAAGUUUGAAAGGAACAGCUAUGGAAACUUCAAUUGAUGUUAAUUUAUUAUUACAAAAACUUUCUUUUACAUUAAGUUCUGAUGAAGAACAUGUCAUACCUCCAAAUCUAAAUGAAUUCCCACAAUUAAAAGAAUCAUUUAAAAGAAAACUGGCAGAAUUGAUAUUUUUUGCAACAAAAGUUUUAAAAGACACUAACAAUAGCUUCCAUCAAUAUUCAUUUUCAGAUAAUAUGGUUCAAGUAUUUAAUAGAAUUCCAGAAUGUGAUAAAAAUACAAGUAUUCAUAAUUUCAAUAGUAAUUAUUCAAAUAGAUUUCAAUAUUUUAUUGCAUUAAGUGCUUCAGCAUAUUUUAGUGAUGAAAUUAUAAUUAAAUGUUUUGAAAAUUCAGUUAGAUCUGAUCCAAUUAAUCAAUUAUAUUAUAUUGACUACUUAAAAGAUGUAAGUAAUUUUCUUCAACAUAAUUCACAAAAUAUUAAAUUGAAUUCAUAUAUUAAUAAAUGUCAACAACAACUGGAAAGCUUCUUUGGAUACAAAGAUUUACAAGAUUCAUUGAAAAUUAUUGGAUAUCCUUUGGAUAGUGUUGUCAAAGAAGAUGUGAUUAUUGCGAUGUAUAAAGAAUUAUAUAAAAAUGAUCCUAGAAAUUAUCAAUAUUAUCGUGAUCAUUUAAAAAGAAUUGCAAUUGCAAAUAAUUCAGAAAGUUUAAAAGAAUUUUUAGCAUAUGAAAUUAUACCAAUGAAUUUAGCAAUUAAUGAAUUAGGUAUUGAAGAAAUAACAGAAGACGAAGUUGUUAUUACUGCAUUUGAAUUUAAAGUUGAUGAUAUAAUGACACAAAAUAUGAACCCCAAUUCAAAUGAAAUUAAAAUGUUAAAUAAAGCUUUAACUUCAAUUGCAAUAAAUAGAAGAAGUAAUUUAUUAUUAAAUUAUUUGGAAACUAAAUAUCCUGAAUAUGUUAAAAUACCAGAAUUAGAAAAAUAUACUUUACAAAUGUCAUAUGAAGUAUUAAAUUCUGACAGCAAGACAUCUGAAUUUGAAAUUAUAAAUCAAUUUCAAAUAAAACUUUUAUCAAAUGAAAAAGAUAUAAGAAUAUUAAGACAUUGUUUAAGAUCAAUUGGAGAAGAUAAAAAAUCAGAAAUUUUAUUGAGUUAUUUGAAAACAGGUAAAAUUGAUUCUUCAUUAUUACCUCCUGAAAAUUGGCCAGCUGGUCUUGAUAAUAUUGGAAACACUUGUUAUUUAAAUUCACUAUUACAAUAUUAUUUUUGUAUUAAACCUUUAAGAGAUUUAAUUUUAAAUUUUGAUUCUAAUAAUUAUAAUUUAAAUGAAUUUGAUGCAAAUAGAAAAAUUGGUGGAAGGAAAGUUGAAGAACUGGAAAAAUUUAGAUCAAAUCAAUUUAUUUAUCAAUUACAAAAUUUAUUUAAACAAAUGAUUCAUACUGAUAAAAGAUGUGUUGCACCAAGUAAAGAAUUAGCUUAUUUAUCUUUUUUACCAUUAUCACAACCUGUAAAUUUUAAAGAACCAACAAAGCAUAAAGAACCUGAAGUGAUUGAAAUAUUGGAUAGUGAUAGUGAAGUUAUUGAAAAUGAACCUAAUCAAAAUGGUGUGGUGGAGGAAGAUAAAACAUUAAUUGAUAUUGAUAAUGAAGAUGAUGAUAUGAAUGGUACACUUGAUCCACCAGUUCAUAUUGAAACUCAUACCGUUGAACCUCAAGAUUUGGUUGAAGAAACAUUUAUUGAAAAAGUAGAAUCUAACCUGGAAGAACAGCCUGAAAAUUCAAAAUUAUUAUCCAUAUCAACGGAUCAAAUUGAAAGUACAAUUGAAAUAGGUCGUCAACAAGAUGUAACUGAAUGUAUUGAAAAUGUCAUUUUUCAAAUUGAAUCAGCUUUACCACCUGAAUAUAUAGAUAAAGAAGAUGGUGAACAAAUUGAUUUAAUUAAAAAAUUAUUUUAUGGAAAAACUAAACAAACCAUUCAACCAAUUGAUAAACCAGAUUCAAUAAGAGAAUCAACUGAAAGAUUUAAUAGUUUGAUUAUAAAUGUUAGUGAUCAUCCAAAGUCUAUAUAUGAUUCAUUAGAUAAUUAUUUUAAUGAAGAUUUAGUUAAAUUAGAAGAAGGAUUAGUUAAAAAAUCAGUUACAAUAACUGAAUUACCAGAAAUAAUGCAAUUUCAUGUUCAAAGAGUAAUGUUUGAUAGAGAAAAAUUAAUGGCUUAUAAAAGUAUUGAACCAAUACCUUUUAGUUCUAAAAUUUAUCUUGAUAGAUAUUUAGAUACAAAAGAUGAAAUAAUAUUAAAUAAAAGGUCAGAAGUAUUUAAUUGGAAAAAUCAAAUUAUUGAAUUAAAUAAUGCUAAAAAUGAAAUUUUACAAAAAGAUGAAAAUACUUCAAUGACUAUAAUUGAUAAUUUAAUUACAACAAAAAAAUUUUUAGAAAAUAGAAUUAUUCAAGAUGAUAAAUUAUCUAUAGAAUUAACAACUAUUCAAGUAAUAUCAGAUGAAAUUUUAAAUUUACAAAAUCAAUUAGUUAAAAUUGAUUCUAAAAUAAAUUAUCUUCAAGAAAAAAUUAAUAAUCAAUUUAUAGAAUACAACAAGAUAGGUUAUUCAAUAUUUGCAAUUUUUAUACAUAGAGGAGAAGCAAGUUAUGGUCAUUAUUGGAUAUAUAUAAAGGAUCCUCAUCAAAAAAAUAUUUUUAGAAAAUAUAAUGAUGAAAUUAUAACGGAAGUUCAAGAUUCUGAAAUUUUUAAUUUUUUAGAAUCAAAUACUGCUACUCCUUAUUAUAUAGUUUAUGUUAAAGAUGAAUUAGAAAAUCAAUAUAUUAAUCCAUUAAAUAGGAUUAUAGAAAAAUGUGGAUAG